AUGGACCCCUUCUCUUCCAGUCUCCAGGUUCCCGAUUCGUCACUCCCCGGGCCAUCGCGUCAGCAGGCCCGACCUGUUUCCGUGCAGCCCACCACUUCCACCGCCAGCCCACAAUCAUCCACCAGGAAGCGUGCGUCGCACACGGUUGUGACAAACCAACCCCAACAGGAUGAACAACCGCUCUAUCGGGACAUAUACUCUCAUCCUGCCGCACUCGAGUAUGCCGCGGCGCAUCCCCGGCGAACCAUUCCCAAGUUCGGGCCAUACUUACUGCUGCAAACCCUAGGCGAGGGUGAGUUCGGAAAGGUCAAGCUCGGUCUGCACAUGCAGUGGGGAGAAGAGGUCGCUGUCAAGCUCAUCCGGAGGGGUAAUAUUGACACGUCUGUGCGAAUGUCGAAGGUUGAGCGUGAGAUUGAAGUGCUGCGGACCCUAAAACACCCUAAUAUUGUGCGGCUAUAUGAUGUGAUCGAGACGGACAAGUACAUCGGGAUCAUCCUCGAGUACGCCUCUGGUGGCGAGUUGUUUGAUCACAUUCUUGCCCACCGAUAUCUGCGGGAGAAGGACGCGUGUAAGCUCUUCUCGCAGCUCAUCUCGGGAGUAUGGUACAUACACCAGAAGAAAAUAGUCCACCGCGACUUGAAGCUGGAGAACUUACUCCUCGACCGUAACCGCAAUGUCAUCAUCACCGACUUCGGGUUCGCCAAUCGCUUUGAGCAUCGUGCGGACGACCUCAUGCAGACAAGCUGCGGCUCACCUUGCUACGCUGCGCCCGAGCUAGUAAUCUCAGACGGCCUCUACGUUGGAUCUGCCGUCGAUAUAUGGUCAUGUGGCGUCAUAUUGUAUGCUAUGCUGGCCGGAUAUCUUCCCUUUGACGAUGAUCCUGCCAAUCCUGACGGCGACAACAUCAAUUUACUGUACAAAUAUAUUGUCAACACACCUCUGUCCUUCCCAGACUACGUAUCUACCGAGGCUAGGGACCUCCUCUCGAUGAUGCUGGUGCCGGAUCCUUCCCGCCGUGCAGACCUCCUCGCUAUCAUGGCUCACCCCUGGCUCGUUCCGUACGCGCACACAUUCUCGAAGAGUGUUGGUGACCUGGAGCGCAUUGCUAUCGAGCAGCAUCACCAGAAGAGACUGGCGUACCAGAGGCAGAUGAAGCAAACCACCGCCGACUCAUCGGUGUCCAAGAUGUCGCGCAGCCACAGCUCGCGGCCAGACGGGUAUACCACCUCCACAGCAACACCAUCAUCCGCGACGAGGAGUCACAGUCACAGGGAACAUAGACAUAUUCAGCCACAGCAGCCGGAGUAUCUGUACGAGACAUCUGUGGACCAGUCGAUGUACUCCACCGCCUCGCAGAACAACUCGCGCCGCGCUUUCAACUCCGCGAUUGUGCUCCCCACGACGUCUUCUGUUGCAGUCGAUGAGGAUCCAUUCGCGCCGACGCCUUCACGCGAGACGCCCUCCUCUUCAAUACCCAUGGUUGCUUCCCCCGUUAGCGAUACGAACUUGUUGAAUGGAGUGGACGAGAAGAUAGCAAGUGUGAACGAUCGCAGGAACGGCUUAACCCCCACACCGACUCUCGCUCCCGUCAAGACCGGAUCGCCAGAGACGAAGCGACCAAAGGGCGGGUUCAGACAUACCAUCCAGGUGGAGUAUGGCGAGUCCGAUGGGAAGCAGGAGCACAACAAGGGAUCCGUCAGGUCGACGAAUGGUGUAGUCUCCAUUGGGUCGUCCAGCCCAGAGCAAGGUCGUGAGCGAACAUCCAAAAGGCCAUCCGUGGACGUUGUCAGAGGCGUCGAGAAGUUAUUACCUCAGACACCUCCUUCUGCCGCGCAUGAACGUGCUGGUGCCUUCGCCAAGGCUGCGACUACGCCACCCUCGGUUGCACCACCGGUUUCGAUAGAAGUGACUGGUCCGCCAGUCACGCCCGUUACCUCCGCGGAAGAGAAGGCGCACCGCGGUCAAGGAUCAUCCGGCUCGACGUCGUCGAAGCAGAGUCGGCAUCGGAAAGGUUUGUCGAUCGAUAAGAUUGGGAUAUCCAAGCUGUUCGGUUCUGGAUCCGAGCAUAUCAAUGGUACCAUGGCCCGCAGACCGUCUCAAAGCCAGAACUCAUCCCCAGGUCGUGCACCGUCUACCGACGUGAUUACAGGUGUCAGCAAGUCCGAUAUGGGCAAGCGACCAUCGACUCUGCAGGUUCCAUUGUCUCCUCCCACGGCUACUGCACACGAGUCGAAUGCUGAAUCCAGCAUCCUGAGUCCAGAUGCUUCAAUGAUCAGCAAGAAGAGCAGGAGGAAUACCCUAACCGUCAUGGUCGAGCCUUUCAGUCGGUCGAUCAAGCAACGCACGAAGAGUCGUGCAACUCCCACCGAGACGGUUGCCAAGUACAGGCCUGUACCACCGGAGAAGGAUAACGCUCCAGCACCGUUCGUCGCACCGCAGAUGGUGCCGAUGAUAAUACCUGCCGCAGAGAUGAUUUCGCCUGCGACACCUCGGUUCACCAACGCGUCCCGGACCGGUGUUGAUUUGGGUGUGCCACCAUCGACUGUCAAGGGACCGCGUCUGGCUGUACCUGCUUCGACGGUGAAAGCGAGCCGGGUCAUGCAGUGGUUUAGGUCCAAGAGCAAGGGACGAGGAGCUGCAGACGAGGAAGUGAACGAAAAGAUGCCUUAUGAGGCUGAAUCUGCGCGCAAAGCCCCGACGUCGCUCUCGUCAAGCACAAACGGUUCGACAGGCGGAUUGCUCUUGUCGCCCUCGGAUCAGCGCUCGCCACUGCCGACAAGCCAAUCUCAGCGCUCAGCGUCCUCUAACACGGAGGCUUCGGUCGGUGGAACGACCACUUUCGCAGACCGCGUACGCCGGACGGUCGUCGGUGGCAGUGCUGCUAAUGGCACGAAAGGUGCGAUCCGCGUUCAUCAUGGCGCUGUCGAUCAGGAGACGAUUACAACGGGUCUACCGCCGGAGGUGAUGAAGCAUAUGCGGAAGGUCCUGCAGGAGAUGGGCAUGGACGUAGAGAUGGAGUCCGAGUACAAGUAUCGCUGUGUCCGGCCGAAAAGAAAAAGACUCGCGAACGGCGUGGGCUUAGGUCUGCGGGAUACGGGCAGUGGUCUCGCCGCGUUCGCUAUGGUUGGAACUGCCGCCUCGAGUGGGAUCGACAAGCGUGGACUCCCUCUUCCUUCGCAAUCACAUUCAUCCUUCGGCUCCACGGGAGGCAUGCUCAGAGGAUUGUUGAUGCGCAGGCAAUCUUCUCAAGUAUCGACGACGUCAUUGAAUCAUGCGCCUACAUCACAAUCCCUCGACGAAGUCUCUCCAGACGCCAUAAUAGCUGCGGUACCUGGUGGAUCCGGUGCCGAUGUGGCGUCACCCGUACCUUUCGAGACAGUAUAUGGGGACUCCCAGCAAGAUCAGGGAGAUGAAGUGCGAUUCUCUGUUGAACUCACGCGGCUGGAUCGUUUGGACGGCACAUACAGUCUUGACAUCAGGCGGUUGAAGGGCAACCUACGAAGUUAUAAGUUCCUGUACGAUACACUCAAGCAACGUGCCAAUCUACAACGUUUAGCAUGA